CUGAUGUCCAGCCAGGAUGACUUUGUCUGAUGCGGAAGCCAUGGAGCUGAACUGCAGUGAAGUACCUCUUUAUGGGCAGAUGACGGUCUAUGCGAAGUUUGGCAAAAAUGUUUAUCUUCCUAAAGAUGCCGAGUUUUACUUCAUUUAUAACGGAUCUCAUCAGAGACACAUCGUGAUUGCAGAGCGCACAGGGGAUAACGUUCUCCAAUCCAGCGUUCCAGGCCACAGGCUUCAGGAGACGGUGACGGUGUCUGUGUGCCUCUGCUCGGAAGGUUACUCCCCUGUGACCAUGGGCUCUGACUCCGUGACCUAUGUGGACAAUAUGGCCUGCAGGCUGGCUCGUCUGCUGGUCACCCAAGCCGAUCGCCUCACAGCCAGUAGCCACCAGACCUUGCUGACCCCAUUUGCCCUGACGGCGGGAGCACUGCCUGCUCUGGACGAGGAGCUCGUGCUGGCUCUGACCCAUCUGGAGUUGCCUCUUGGGUGGACUGUCUUGGGAAAUUCUUCACUUGAAGUUUCUCUACAUAGAGAGUCUCUUCUGCACCUGGCUGUGAGAUGGGGCCUUGCUAAGCUUUCCCAGUUCCUCCUGUGUCUCCCUGGAGGAGUCCAGGCCUUGGCUUUGCCCAACGAGGAGGGUGCCACGCCAUUAGACUUAGCUUUACGUGGUGGAUGCUCCAAGCUGUUUGAAGACAUCACAAACUUCCAGGGCAGACGUUCCCCAGGUUUCUCCCGAGUGCAGCUCAGCGAAGAUGCCUCCCUGCGGUAUAUUCACUCAUCAGAAACACUGACCCUGACGCUUAAUCACACAGCCGAGCAUUUGUUGGAGGCGGAUAUUAAACUCUUUAGGAAAUACUUUUGGGAUAGAGCCUUUCUCCUCAAGGCUCUUGAAGAGCAAGAAGCCAGGUCAGAGGAAAAAUCAGAUAUGCCCUCCAGCACUGCAGAAACCGAAGAAGAGAUUAAGAAUUCGGUGUCCAGCAGAUCAUCGCCUGGAAAGGAGAAUGUAAAGUGUGUGAAAAACCCGGUGGUUCAACUGAAUGAACGUGAAGACCAGGACAGUCUAUAUUUGGAUCGUUCCUUUGAUGUCCUCAAAAAAUCCAAGCAUCCCCCAACAUUCCUUGCUGCUGGCCGGCUUUCUGACAUGCUGAAUGGCGGUGAUGAAGUCUAUGCUAACUGCAUGGUGAUAGAUCAGGUUGGUGAUUUGGAUAUUAACUAUGUUAAUAUAGAGGGAAUCACUGAAAAUACUUGCCUUGAAUCCAUGGGUUCCACUCUGGAGCCUCAGAGCAGCAAGCCCAUCCUUCCUACUGAAACCAGCGCUGGCAUGUACCCACCAAAUGAGAACACAGAAGUCACAUCACACACCGAAGCCCAACCAUCUUUCAUGUCACCAUCUAGUUCAUAUGCUUCCAGUUUGAAUCUUUCUUUUGGUCUUCAUGGAUUUGAAAAGGAACAAAGUCAUCUAAAGAAAAGAAGUUCCAGCCUUGAUGCCCUGGAUGCUGACAGUGAAGAAGAGGGGCAUUCCGAGCGGUCGCGCAUUUGCUACACUCCAGUGUCUCAGAGUUGCUCGAGAACUGGCAUUCCUAGUGGGGAUGAAUUGGACUCAUUUGAGACCAGCACUGAACCAGAUUUUAACAUCUCCAGGACUGAAUCACUUUCUUUAUCAAGUAGCCUGCAGCUGAAGGAAUCAUUGUUUUCUGGAGUCCGCUCACGUUCUUAUUCCUGCUCAUCACCCAAAAUUUCUUUAGGAAAAACUCGAUUGAUCCGUGACUUUACAGUGUGCAAUUCAGCUGAAGAUGGUGUGCUCCACAGUGGUCGUUCCCUCCUUCAGUCUCUCUCACUGUCUAAAUCAGUGUCUCUGUUCCAUCCCUGUAAGCAAAGAGCUUACAGCUUACCGGAGCCACCAAGAGAAAAAAGAAUUCAGGAAGAAGAAUGGGAUAAAUACAUCAUACCUGCCAAAUCAGAGUCUGAAAAAUACAAAGUGAGCAGAACUUUCAGCUUCCUCAUGAACAGGAUGACCAGCCCUCGGAAUAAAUCUAAGACAAAAGGCAAGGAUGCCAAAGACAAAGAGAAACUGAGUCGACAUCAGUUUGUCCCUGGAACAUUCUCUGGGUCUCUGCAGUGUUUGGUUUGUGAUAAAACGCUCCUGGGGAAAGAGUCGUUCCAGUGUUCCAACUGUAAUGCAAAUGUACAUAAGGGCUGUAAAGAUGCCGCCUCUCCAUGUACCAAGAAAUUCCAAGUGAAAUAUAAUAAGAACAAACCGCAGACCAUUCUUGGAAAUUCUUCAUUUAGAGACGCCCCAACGCCUGGGCUCUCCUUGCACCCUUCCUCCUCCAUGCCUAUUGGGUUGCCGACCGGGAGGAAGGAAACAGCAGGGCAAGUCCAUCCAUUGUCCAGAAGCGUUCCAGGCAUCACCUUGGAAAGCUUCAGGAGGUCAGGGGCAUCCUUGGAGUCUGAAAGUGAUGGGAGCACCUGGAGAAGCAGGUCUCAGUCUGAUGAGCUUUUCCAGCCCAUGGGCUCACCUCCCUCCACGGACUCCUUCUUAAUGGAAGAUGUCGUGGAUUCGUCUCUGUGGAGUGACCUCAGCAGUGAUGCCCAGGGGUUUGAAGCAGAAUCUUGGAGUCUGGUGGUGGACCCCUCCUUUUGUAGUAGGCAGGAGAAGGAUGUCAUCAAAAGACAGGAUGUCAUUUUUGAGCUAAUGCAGACAGAAAUGCAUCACAUCCAGACCCUGUUCAUCAUGUCCGAGAUCUUCAGGAAGGGGAUGAAGGAGGAGCUGCAGCUUGACCACAGCACUGUGGAUAAAAUCUUCCCCUGUUUAGAUGAGUUACUUGAAAUCCACAGGCAUUUCUUCUAUAGUAUGAAGGAGCGAAGGCAAGAAUCCUGUGUUGGCAACGACAGGAAUUUCGUCAUCAACCGAAUCGGAGAUAUUCUAGUACAACAGUUUUCAGAAGAAAAUGCAAAUAAAAUGAAGAAAAUAUAUGGGGAAUUCUGUAGCCAUCACAAGGAGGCUGUUAGCCUCUUUAAAGAACUCCAGCAGAAUAAAAAGUUUCAGAAUUUUAUUAAGCUCCGAAAUAGUAAUCUUUUGGCUCGACGCCGAGGAAUUCCAGAAUGCAUUCUGCUGGUCACUCAGCGCAUCACAAAAUACCCUGUCUUGGUGGAAAGGAUAUUGCAGUACACAAAGGAGAGCACUGAAGAACAGAAAGACUUAUGCAAAGCUCUUUGCUUAAUUAAAGACAUGAUUGCAGCUGUGGAUUUAAAAGUCAGCGAAUAUGAGAAAAAACAAAAAUGGCUUGAGAUCCUAAAUAAGAUUGAAAACAAAACAUAUACCAAGCUUAAAAAUGGCCACGUGUUUAGGAAACAGGCACUGAUGAGUAAAGAAAGGACCCUGUUAUACGAUGGCCUUGUUUACUGGAAAACCGCUACGGGUCGUUUCAAAGAUAUCCUAGCUUUGCUUCUAACUGAUGUGCUGCUCUUUUUACAAGAAAAAGACCAGAAGUACAUCUUUGCAGCUGUUGAUCAGAAGCCAUCAGUUAUUUCCCUUCAGAAGCUCAUUGCUAGGGAAGUUGCGAAUGAGGAGAGAGGAAUGUUUCUGAUCAGUGCUUCAUCUGCUGGUCCUGAGAUGUAUGAAAUUCAUACCAACUCCAAGGAGGAACGGAAUGCCUGGAUGAGGCGGAUCCAACAGGCAGUAGAAAGUUGCCCAGAAGAAGAAGGGGGAAGGACAAGUGAGUCUGACGAAGAGAGGCGGAAAGCUGAAGCCAGAGUGGCCAAAAUUCAGCAAUGUCAAGAAAUACUCAGUAACCAAGACCAACAAAUUUGCACAUAUUUGGAAGAGAAGCUGCAUAUCUAUGCUGAACUUGGAGAACUGAGUGGAUUUGAGGAUGUCCAUCUAGAGCCCCACCUCCUCAUUAAACCAGACCCCGGAGAGCCUCCCCAGGCAGCCUCAUUACUGGCAGCAGCACUGAAAGAAGCCGAGAGCCUGCAAGUUGCAGUGAAGGCCUCCCAGAUGAGCGAUGCGUGUCAGUCACCCAAGGAAGGUUGUGGAGAACCUGCUUUGCAGGAUGUGUUCAGUUCUCGGGAUGCAUCCGGAUCGCCUACUGCUUCACUAGUCACAGAAGGGACAGGAGGAAGAGGCUGUUGGGAUGUGGAUCCUGGGACCCAGGGUGUGGGAACCGACCUGGCGGUCUCUGAUGCGGGGGAGAAGGUGGAAUAUAGAAGUUUCCCAAGUUCUUCACAGUCAGAGAUUAUACAAGCGAUACAGAAUUUAACCCGUCUCUUAUAUAGCCUUCAGGCCGCCUUGACCGUUCAGGAUAGCCACAUUGAGGUCCACAGGCUGGCUCUCCAGCAGCAGGAGGGCCUGUCCUCCGGCCCCUCUUUCCGAGGCAGCCCCUUUCAGGACCAGGAGAAGCACCGAAGCCUGGAGAAGCGGCAGGAGGAGUUGGCCAGCCUCCACAAGCUGCAGCAUCGGUUCCAGCAGGACCAGCAGCGGUGGCGCCGCAGGUGCGACCAGCAGCAGCGAGAGCAGGAGGCCAAGGCCAGCCGGCUGCAGGAGCGCGAGAGGCAGUGCCGGCUGCAGGAGGAGCUGCUGCUGAGCAGCCGGGGGCAGCUGGACCAGCAGCUCCAGGAGUACCAGCAGAGCCUGGAGCGGCUGCGUGAGGGCCAGCGCCUGGUGGAGACGGAGAGGGAGCGGAUGCGGGCCCAGCAGAGCCUGCUGCGUGGCUGGAAGCACAGCCGGCAGAGGAGCCUUCCCGCGGCAUUGCCUCCAGGAGGCGUGGAGGUAAUGGAACUUAAUCAAUCUGAGGGUUUAUGUCAUGAAAAUUCACUCUUCAUCAAUGAAGCUUUAGUGCAAAUGUCACUUAACACCUUGAACAAACCGACUCCAGCAGAUAUCCAUCAGGAUGCCACUUACCCCCCAAGUAUAUCUCAUUCCGAUUUGGUAAGGACUAGUGAAAAUCAAGUAGACCUCAAGAUGAACAUUUCUCAGCCCUUGGAUGUCAGCCAUGAACUGUGGAUAGCCGCUGGGUCCUGUCAUCAGAUACCCCCUCUCCACCAAAGCAGCAAGGAUUCUUGUAAAAAUGAUUUGGAUCUCUCUCAGACUGCAUACCCACCCCCUCAGGACUCAAAUGCGCAUGGCCCUCAGCUGCAAACGUUCAUAGCAGAAGCAAAGCUCAAUCUACAGAGAGUAACCAGACAAGAUGGGGAAACUGGAGAUGGAACAGAAGAAACUAUUGUUUACCUCUAAUUGUUAUUUUUCCAAAUGAAACAAAAUACUGGCAUUUUGGGGAGAAUUUUUUUUUUUCCUUUCCUGAUGUGUGUGUGACUGUGUCCAAAUUGCUUUAGGAGUAAUGUUUAAUAUUUCGUGCAAGUUUAUUUUGGGGGCAUGAGUCUAAUAAUUAAAUUAUUGAAAACAACUUUGUAUCAUCAUUAACUUAUCACACCGAAUUCCAGACUCCUGGAGGAGAAAUUAACUUAGAUAAGCAGAAAUAUGCUCAAAGUUGUUAUGACCCUAGAGUAAAAUUCCAUAUUGUAUUUUCUACGGGAUCAUUUGGUUUUUGAAAUGCCUUUUAAGAUCUAGUUGAAGCACUUUGGAUGGAAAGUGAUAUAAUUGGCAAAUUUUCACAAUCACAGCAGCUGAUUAGGAGGAGUGACCUCAGGGCCCUCAAAGGUGAGGAGGAUGUGGAAAAGGACUUUUCUUGGCUAGUCUUUGGGACAUCAAAGGGGUCACUCCUGGUGGUGAGCUGUUACAGUCACCAAGCAACCGAGGUACCCUAUUUGGACCCCUGUCCUAACCGGGUGGCCACUCUGCUGUGGACACAAUCUGGACUCUUGGGACCUGGGCCAGAGACUGUUCAGAUGCACCUUCGUGGUCCUAAUGCUUGUGGGCUUUGAAGUCAUAGUUCAGCAGCAUCUUUCAACACAGCCCUGAGACAGGGCCCCAGCAAGUCAGUUCGAGGUAAACUUUACUAGCAACACUUUGCUACUGAAGUAAGACUUUAUGAGCCCUUGCUUCUCUCCGCUGGCCCUGCCUCCUUCUGGUCCCGGGAGCACCAAAGACCACCACUCACUGGAAGGAUCGCUGCCCAGCAGUGACUGAAGGACAAAAACUGCUCUCUUGGUGAAGCUUGCUGCCUGAAUGUGCUUUUCCACAAAGGAAAACUGGCACAUCUUGCUUUCAGGGUAAUAUGGGUCUCUGUGUGAGAAAAUAAACCAGGAAAUGUUUUCAGUUUGUUCUUCAGAAGUAUUUGUGUAUAUUUUGGUCAGUGUCAAUAAAUAUCUUUUACCUC